AUGUCGGGCCGGGAAGGUGGCAAAAAGAAGCCCCUGAAACAGCCCAAGAAGCAGACCAAGGAAAUGGACGAGGAAGAUAAGGCUUUCAAGCAGAAACUAAAAGAGGAGCAGAAGAAACUCGAGGAGCUAAAAGCCAAGGCCACGGGAAAGGGACCCCUGGCCACAGGUGGAAUUAAGAAAUCUGGCAAAAAGUAA